AUGGGUUCCCACAGCCUACGACAACGCCUCGCCGGCGCGGCCAUCGCGGCCCUCCUGACAAGUUCAGCGACGGCGGGCCCCUCGCCAUCGACGGGCACAGCAUGCCUAGCCAACGUCGUCUCAGACCUCUCGUGCGCGGACCCCUCGGUCAUGACGAGCUGCAUGGCCGCCGAGAUGGUAGACGCACGGCUCCUGGCGGCGUGCCUGGACGCGGCCGGCUGCGCGGGGGACGAGGCGGAUGAGACCGCGCUGUGGAUCACAAGGAUGUGCCAGCAGGAGGACAACAGCGCGCAGCAGCCCGGCUCGGAGGGCGAGCUCCGGCGGAGGAGGUUCCACGCCCGCGGCAACGACAAGCGACAAGCGGCAGACAGCACCACCACAAGCGGCGCCACGUCGACGACGUCGGCGGCGGCGGCCACCUCGACGAGCUCCUAUGCGGGCAUCGACAUCGGGCUGUCGAGCGCUAUCGUUGGUUCCGUUAUGGGUAUUGCAGCGUUCCUAGGUAUCGGAGGUGUGCUCGUCAGUGCCUGGAUGGAGAGCGCGGCCCGGAAGAAGGCGAAGAGGGAGCAGGUUCAGAGGCAGGCCUUGAUGUCCAACAUUGGCUGA